GUCGAUCGUAGAUGAGAUGGCCUUGGAAAUCGAGCAGAAAUUCGAUUACGUCAUAUCCUUCAAAAUAGUACGAGUUCCUGAUAAUUCCUUCAGCAGUAGCAGAACAUCAUAUGCUCUAGCCGCGGCCAAAGGCAAAGUACUACAACUAGUGAUGGACAACGCAGAAAGCCAACUAACAAAGUCCGGGUGUAGAAGCACAAUACAUGCAAUAGUCGACGCUGCAGCGUUACAAAACGAAAGUGCUAAAUUUGAUGAAUUUCAGCUCAAAGCCCUGGCUACGCUCGCAAUCCGAAACUUCACUACCAGAAGCAAUCAGGAGGCUAGCAUGAUUAGAGGAGUCGGCGUAGGAAGUGGAAAAUCAGGCUGGACUAUUGAUGAACCUCUGCUUCAGGAUGACAUAGUGCGCGCAGCGAUCAUAGUAGAAGCAUUGCAGAAAAGUGAGACGGAGACGGUAACCAGAAACAAAAGCAUUCGUAUUCCAGAAAAUAAGGCAACAACAUACUUCUUCGAGCAAGAUCAGGAGUAUCAGGCGCUCUUAGUUAUCACUGGCAAUUGCGUAACAGCAAUCAAAGUGAUCCCAGCUGAGUUCAAUGCAGACCAGGUAAUAACAGCUACGCAUAUGAAAUACAAUGUUCGGCGAAAGCCGGCAGAAGAUAGCAGCACAGGGUCAGAGAUCCCAAUUGCAAUUCAACUGGAUAGCAGCGAAAGCGAAGCUGAUGAAAGCAACCUGCAUGGAGAGUCCGGACAUGGAACAAAUCUAGGCAUCUCCACCCUGAUGGACGGAAAAAUAGCUACCUACAAAACCAUAAAGCCGAACGAGAACCAGUGGACGACAUGUCUAAGCCGAUCCAUAGUGGCCGAACUACAAUAUUUAGUCCCGCCAGAAAUACGUCAAGAGGACAUCCAAGAGGUUGCAUCUAGAGCAACAAAAAUACUGGAGCAGCAAAGAGGAGAAGCUGCCACCACAUCCAUACAAAAUCAGGCCCUUAAGACAAUGCUAUCGGAGCAGUUCCUCCAAGGAUACGCACAUCCCAGAUACAUAAUGUACUGGCACAACCCAAUGUGGAGCGACGAUCUUCUCUUUGCAGCUGCAAUCAUCAAAACGAUAG